CAACUGAUCCCAGCACCCUUUGCAGAAUCAGGAAGUGAAACAUGAUGAUUUCGUAGCCGACGUAAGCGCGGGGAUUUUCCAACAUUCUCCAAGAAACACCCCAACAAAAUGGGCGAUGCGGAACAACGUAGGAGCAUCGAAUUCAAGAAAUGCCUCAACGAGAUAGGCAAGAAGUUAACAGAAGAUCAACUGUUAUCGUUGAAGUUUCUGUGUUCCGACUAUAUCGGCAGAAAGCGACAAGAAGAAAUCAAGAGUCCGCUCCACUUGUUCCAGGCGCUGGAAGAGAGGGACAAGUUGAGGUACGACAACACUGGCUUCUUGAAGGAAAUCUUGCAGACGGAGAAGAGAGAGGACCUGGUCAAGUACAUCGAGGAUUUUGAAUCUCGUCUGCAUCUCUGUACAGACUCCAAUCCGACACAGAAUAGUGGAACACGACUGAAUGCCAGAGGGUCCCAAAGACAACCUCCUGUUCACCAAGAUGCUCGUUGGCGUGAGGUGUUUGAUCUCGUCGAGAACAACUUGGGCAGAAACUGGCGCCAGCUGGCCCGGAAGCUUCGCCUGACGGAGACAGACAUUGAGUGCAUCUCGGAAGACCAUUCCCGUAAGCUGCGCGAGCAGGGUCGGCAGGCGCUCAUUCUGUGGAGCGAGAAGAACGAGGACGCCACCUUCCAGGACCUGGUCACGGCGCUCCGAAGGUGUCAGCUCAACGACAUCGCAGACCAGCUGGAGAAGAAGAUUGCAUCCUGGGCCACCCAAUGAUGAAUAACAACUCUUGUACAGAUUCAGUAGCUUAGUUUGAAGCAGUGCCUCUAUCUGGUGUUAAUGCAUUUUUUAGGCCUAGUAAAUUUUAUGUUGUAAAAUUGUUUCUGAUUAUGGCCCUGAAUUGUUUCUGAUAUUGGCCCAAAUGAUACAACAAAUACGAUUUAAUAAUUGCGCCAGGUUUUUACAAGGGUUAUCGUUCUUUUUUCCCUUUGUCUUAGCCCUGGUUUGCGAAAGCUGGAAUUUGUUACUGUUAACUGUGACCAAGUCAAGUCUGUACAAAUAUAUUGAAAUACAGCAUUUCUUCUACUGCGAUAUAAGUAAAACAGCCUUUUGUGCAGUGGCCCUGAUUUGCCUGGAUUUAGUUUGGAAAUGAUUAAUGUCAAACGUAUGGCAGAAAGAUGAAAAUUGUAGGUACAUUAGGUUUACCAUUUUAAUUGUUGUUUUGUUAUAUAAGAGAACAAUUGUCAUGGUUAUCCUCAUCCGGGAGGCAUGGUAAAGUCUGAAAAUGCUUUGUAAAACAAGGCACUUCAGUCAAAAUGACUCCUUGUCUUUCAGGUUGACGGCAAACUUUGUAUUUUCAUCAAAGCUGAAGCUUCUAGAGGACUUUGUGUCUUACCAUUUAUCAACAUUACCAUAUACUUCUGUGGAGUAAAUAAAAUCUUAUAUCUUUAAAAGUGAUUAACAAAAUAAAAGAUACAGCAUAUGCUUUUGUUUAUA